AAGCGCUACGAACGUCGACGGAGUUUUUCCGGGAAAUCGCCAGAGGAAAAUCACGAGACACGCGAGCAAGGGAGACGGGACGACUGCGAGGGAGGGAGACAGGGCCAGGAACAACAGCAACAAAAACAACAAAACAAACAGCUCUAUGCCGGCACCAAGAUGAGACCAGGCCGAACGACAACAGCUUUACCAGCAGCGACCACGCCCCUGCUCCUGCUACUCCCACUCAUCCUGGGCAGGCUCCACGUGGCCCACGCCCAGUGUCCUUGGCAGCGGGAUGUGCCCGACCUGCAGACGAGCUGCAUCUGCGCCUACAACCUGGGCAGGGAGCUAUCCGUGCAAUGCGAUCAGGUGGACUUUUCGCAACUCCUGGAUGCGAUGAACACCCACGCCCGCCUGAAGCCCGUGGAUUUGCUGUACGUGAACAACUCCACGAUUUCCGAGCUGCCCGACGCCGUUUUCAGAAAUUUGAGCUUGCACAAUGUGCAGCUCUCGAGCUGCGGCAUCCAGAGAAUUGCGACGGGUGCCUUCAAGGGCCAGGAGUCGGUGCUGCGGAAUCUCAAUCUGCAGGAUAAUCUGCUGACCGACGUGCCGGUGGAGGCGCUAAAGGUCCUGGGCAAGCUGAACUUGCUGGAUUUGUCAAAAAAUCAGCUCAGUCACAUUCCCGACGACGCCUUUGUGGGUCUGACAAAGCUCUCCACCCUCAAACUGAACGAUAACAAUGUCACCCUGGCCAGCAAUGCAUUUAGGGGGCUGGAGCAGAGUCUGAAGAACAUAAAUCUGAAGGGCACGAAGCAGCGGAAGGUGCCGGAAAGUAUUAGGGGUCUGAAGAGCCUGGCCUUCCUCGAUCUCUCCCAGAAUGGCAUCAAAGAACUGCCGGGAGCGGGCGGAAUUCGGGUCUUUGAUGGUCUGGACGCACUGACUGCCUUGAAUCUGGAGAGGAAUCUAAUCCAGAGUAUCGGCGAAACGGCAUUUGCCGGCGUGCGAAAAACACUGAGCUCGCUGAGUUUGCUCAACAACCUGCUGGCCGAAUUUCCCAUCGGAGCCGUACACUCGCUGAAGGAGCUGCGUGUCCUGGACAUUGGAUUCAAUCUGCUGACCAGCCUGCCGGAGGCCGCCUUCCGGGGCAAUCCGGGCAUCACCCUGCUGGCCCUGGACGGAAAUCCACUGAGCAGCGUGCCCGAAGGCGCCUUCGCCCACCUGAAUGCCACACUCCGCGGACUCUCCCUCGGAGGCAGGUUCCUCCACUGCGACUGCAAGCUGCGAUGGGUGGCCGAGUGGAUUCGCAAUGGCGACUUGCAGGUUACAUCGCGCGAACGGAAUCCCCAGUUCUGUGGCACCCCACCUCGCUUCCGGGACCGAGGCUUCUACUCCAUUCAGCCGGAGGAGCUGAGCUGCCCGGACAUUGCCGAUGCGGCCCUACGUGGACCCGUUGGCCUGGCCGAUAACCUGAAGCCCACCCUGCCCUCGUCGCCCGACUCCGUGGAAUAUGAAACGGGCACGGGCACGGGAACGGGUACAGUGGGCACUGGCACCGCUGCCUCUGCUCCGGUGACCAGCAGUGUGAGCUCCUCCACCUCGACGACAACACCCACAACAACCACAACGACAACCACAGCGGAGCCAACAACCAGGAGGAGCACGACUCGUCCUCCGACCAAGUCAACUACAGCGAUAUCGGCCACCACAGCCUCGCCAGUUUCCAAUCCCCCGGUGAAUGGAACGGGCACAGUUCAGGCCACCUCCAUCACGACGAGCAGCAGCUCCUCCUCCUCAUCCUCAACGUCCACGGGUCACGGCAACGGCAAGCAGGCGCCGGGAUGGCGCCAAGGAGUGACCAAUGGCAAUGGCAAUAGUGGAGUAGGAGGAGCAGGAGGUCUGCACAAGCCGCAGAGGCCACCACUUGUCCUGGGCUAUCCACCACAGAGGGGCACUCGCAUCGACGAUGCCAACGAAGUGCAGGUGAAGCACGCCUUCCGCCAGGAUAGCUCCGUGAUCAUCCAGUGGGACUCGGACACGGCGAAUAUCCUGGGAUUCCGCGUGGUCUACCGCCUGUUCGGCGAGAAGGCCUUCAAGCAGGGACCUCCGCUGGAGUCCAGUGAGCGCGAGUUCAAGAUCAAGAAUGUCCCCGCCCAGGAGUGCAUUAUCGUGUGCGUCAUCUCGCUGGAGGAGCUCCACGUGACCCCGGAAACGGUUCCCUACCAGCAGUGUCGCGAAGUGAGGACUGUCGCCUCGCAGGCCUCCAACAUGGACAAGAUAACGAUUGCGGCCAGUGCGGCCAUUUGUGGCACCAUCAUUGUGGCCGUGAUAGUCUUCAUCGCUGCCAGCAGACGCUCCCGCAAGCUGCAGAGCAGCCAGCAGAAGAGUCCGCUGCCAAUUGGAGGUCUGCCCGUUAAUUGCUGCGGUCCGACCGGUUCACCGGGACCACUUGGCUCCAUUGCAACGCUAUCGGCAUUUAACAAUCACAAGGAAUGGGAUCAAGUGUCGGCGUACAGUGGUCGCUCGAUACCGCGGCCGCGCAUUUAUCCCGUAGAGCAACCGGAUGACAUGAGGAGCCACUUCUCCGGAAUGCCCGGCAAGGUGGGCAAGUCAAGUAGAUCCCUGGCGGACGGACAGUCGCAGCACAGUUUCUCGAACAACUCGCACCGCGGCUACCUGGGCAGCGCCUUCCCCUCGAACCUGGUGAACUCCCGGCCGGAGCUGCGCCAAUCCCGCCAGUCCCUGGCAGCCGCCUCGGAGCGCAUGUCCCGUGCCUCCUACGCGGGAUCCAUUCACGGCGGCAACGGAGGAGGCGGUGGCCUGGGCGGAAACGGAGGCGGCGGAGGCAACGGGCUGCCCGUGAGCAGCCUGAUGGCCAUGAGCGGAAUGGUGGGCGGCGGCGGACCGGCCAGCAUCGCCUCCAGCGCCCGGAGAUCGCGCCCGCGCUCCAGAUCCCGCGAGCAGCUGAACACCACCCACAUACAUAACCAUCGACCGGGAAGUCGAUACUCGCAGGCGGGAUCGACGCACACGCUGAACAACUACUGCGAUACAUCGGACAACUGGACGGAUCACGACAUGGACAUCUAUAUGGCCCGCAAUCCGACGACGCGCAACGGUUUAGUGCCAUUAUGAGGGCGACUCACGUUGUCCUGAUAUUUCAAUGUUGUAUUAAACUGGGACGGCAUCUUCUGACAAUAUCUGACGCCGACCAUUGAGGGGCACGAGGGCAGGGGGCGUGGUCGGCGUCAGCAACAGCAGCAGCAGCAGCAACAACAUCAGCAACUGCAACAUCAGCAGCAUCAAUUGCAACAGUUGAGGAACGAGCGACAU